UCUGUCCUAUAAGUGAUUAUGCGCGUGCAGACGUCGCGUCCGAUGUGCCGUUUCUUGCUGUUAGUAAAGAACAUAUUUGCCAUUGGCAUUGUGAUUUUCAUUAUAGUCCUGACGUGUUGGCUUGUGACUAACGGCAAAAAAGGCCGUUGAAACGUUCCUGGUGUGGAGGGUUUCUAUGCAGACGCAGCAGCACAAGCAACAGCAGUAAUAUCAGCAGAAUCUGUUACGUCGGUCAAUUACGACAGUCACGACUGCACCUAAAGAUCUGCCAUAACAGUUUCUACCUAUCGUCUGUGUGCUUCACUAGAUAUUCAUUGCUAGAGCGAUAUCCGUACCUACCGUUAACACGCUAUAGCGCUAAAGCGGUACUAAAGUGACGGUUUGCCUAGUAUGACAUCAACGUUGAAGCAACAGCUGCCAGAGAUAUUGUGAUCUAGUCUGUGUUUGAUACAAUGCUAUGAUGGACAGAUAUGUGUGUUGUCUGGCCCAGUAUUUUCUUGGUGAAUAUGCCUGUGUACUAUACAUGUGAAUGAUUCUCACGUUGUCGAUUGAUUCGUCGUGAUCUUCGCGCUUUUCCUUCGGCCUAUUCAAGAAACUGGCUGAUAGAGCACAAGUGAAGAUUAGCAGAGUCUUCAACGGUGGUUGUGUUGGUAGGCGAUAGUUUCUAAUGUCAUUCGUUCAGCUAGGCUGCAUUAUCUCCUUAUACAGUACGAUAUACAUCACAGCACACAAUUGUACUUCACCGUCUUUCGCGGAACCCCUCCCAGCCAUCGGCGUUUACUUGGUGUUCGUUUUUCGUAUUGCAAACCCAAAGGCAAGUUUCGUAGCCUUCCGGUGAUAGAAACCAGUGCUGAAGAGUUGGUCAGUGUGUAAACAAACGAUUCGCCUCUCCGCAUAGUGGUCGUCUGUGUGUCGUGGUAAGUUUUUGUGGAGUGAAGGAUAUGUGUGUCGUCGUUUUCGGUGUUACCGGUGUUCUCACGAAUUGCUGACUGCAUGAAAGUGUUAAAGGGAGAGAGCGAGAAUAAGAGAGGGAAAAAAGAGUGAUACAACGAUAAAUGGACCUAUCAACUAUUAUGUGGCAUGGCUGUAAUACCUAGAAGGGUGAAGAAUCACUCCUUCGUGUUGUCGUCGUUGCUGUUAUUAGAGUGGUGAUAUUUUUUUUUUACCAAACUCGUGCGAAACAGCACAAAGGAACGACAGCAGAAGUGCGGAGGGGUGAUUUCCAUACGCGCCAAAAACGAACCGGUGGCGCGUCGCUCUCAAACACAGCCACCAAACGCCACAAUGAUGGGAAACUACGUAAAAAGAACAAAGUUCGCGUACCUACAGUUACCCCUAACGCUGGAACAACUAUGUCUAAGUUCCAGACACCUAUUUCUGGCGAUCAACAUUCUCGUCGUCGUCGCAGGUUACGGCAGUGUCAGUAGGGCCCAACAACUGUCUGCUAACGGCGAGCUGGGCGUUCAGCGACCACCAUACUUCAUCAGCGAGCCGCCUGCGCUCUUCGAAUUCACGGCGGACAAGGGUGCCGAGCUACACUGCAUCGCUGACGGUAUUCCGAAGCCGGAGAUUAGUUGGCAGCGACUUGAUGACUCGGAAGUGGAAAGCAGCGACGCGGGCGUCCUGCUUUUGCAUCCUAUUUCGCCAGCAAUGUAUAAUCAGUCGGUGUAUAGUGGAUUCUAUCGUUGCGUAGCGAGAAACUCGUUGGCGGUCAUCGCGUCGAGACUUGUCAACGUAUUAGCAAUAUUCGAUUCAGAAGACACGUUUGUAGAUGUGCAGGACGGCGUAGCCAUCCGGGGAAACACGGCUAUCCUGAGAUGUGUCUAUCGUGGGGAUAAUGCCGAAUUUACGUGGAUACGCGACGACGGCCUACUAAUCUCUCCGCAGCAGCAACACAACGAUCGAUAUCAGGUGUUGACAACUGGCGAGCUACUAAUUCACAAAACGAACAUGGCUGACAAGGAACGCACAUACCGGUGCCGCGUUCAGGAUACAAUCACAAAUAGGAUCCUCGUUAGCGCAAAGCCCGCCACUGCUUAUAUAGUUGAUUUGCAAAACGAAGUACCACCCCGAGUGGAGCUGGUUCCCAAGGAAGUGUCUCGGGGCUCUAGCUCGCGUCCAAUCAACGUGCCUUGCGUCUUCUCAGGAAACCCAACUCCAAACGUCACGUUUUUCGUCAGAGAAGGCCGCAAGAAACUAUCACUCGCCAACAACCCCACGUAUACGAUUGAGUAUAACGUUUUGACUUUCAGACCAACUCAUGAAACUGUUGUCGAGUGUCGAGCAAAAAAUUCGCUUGGGGAGUAUAAGGCGGAAAUCCAGAUCAUCGCACCUAAAGAACGGAUUCAAAUCAGCUUAGAUCCGCCGCAUCAGGUCAUCGAUAUCCUGACCACCGCCACGUUCAAGUGUCGUACGAAUGCGUCCUAUGCCAGUAUCGUGUGGAUGCAUAACGGAAAGGCGAUCGAUUCCAGCUCAAGGUUUACCAUCUAUAAGUCGAAGGAAGGUAGUUCGCUGACAAUACAUAGAGUCACGAUGGCCAAUUCCGGCAUCUAUCAGUGUUUCGUAUCCACCACGGCGCUUGUACAAGUCGCCCAGGCAUCAGCUGAGCUCAAUGUUUUAGGAACACAGCCGAUCUUUUUUGAAACGUUUAAGUCGGCGGUAUUAGAGGAAGGACACUCGCUCAUGCUUUCUUGUAAAGCCAAAGGGAUACCCGCACCAUCGAUUGAGUGGUUUGUCGACGGAAUACGGUAUUCAAAUGUUCCCGACCUUACAAUACCCAGAGUGGAUGUGUCCAAUGCAGGCUUCUACACGUGUGUAGCCACCAAUGAGCUAGGUUCGAACAGUCACACGGCCCGUGUAGAUAUUUACGCCAAAAUACAACGCAAAGUUGCUACUCGAUCGAUGACAGUCACUCAAGGGAGUCGGGUCGAGGUGUUCUGUUCGUUCGCAGGAUAUCCCAUCGAUUCUGUUAUCUGGAUGAAAGAUGGUGUCCGCCUAAAUUCGUCGUCCCGGCAUAUGCUACGCGAAAACGGAAUACUUGUCAUAGAUCAAUUACAAGCUCCGGCCGACGGGGGCGAGUACAUUUGUACGGUAGAAGGGCCCAGUGGCACGAUCACCUCGAAAACUGUCCUCGACUUCAAAGUGCCACCCCAAAUCGACACCCAUUUCUUCCCAAAUAAAAUCGAGGUGGAAGAAAGUUCCCGGGCACGUCUUCUUUGCUCGGUGUCGAAAGGCGAUACGCCAAUUAGAAUCAGCUGGAUGCGUCACGGUAAAAUUCUUGACACGGUACCAGAAGGUAGUGUUCAGUACUCGGACGAUUCAGCUAUGAUUAAAUUCAAAAAGGUUCGUUUUGAUGACCGCGGGGAAUAUACUUGCUUCGCGGCAAAUCAAGUGUCAUCGGUCAACCAAACGACCAUAGUCAACGUUCUUGUGGCUCCACGUUGGACGCUCAACUUUGUACAGAUUAACAUAACAUACGCGAUUCAAGGCCGAGCAUUUCGGGUGGAUUGUCCCGCCGAAGGCUACCCGACUCCAGUCGUAUCAUGGAGUAAAUCAGCGGACGGCUCGAUGUUCAACGAGAUUCUCAUCUCAAGACGAGUGUCGGUACAUGCCAAUGGUAGUCUCAUUUUUCGCUCCGUGUUUGCGGACACCGAUGCGGGAUUCUAUCGUUGCGAGGCUCGUAACGGCGUUGGCUUGCCGAAGAAGAUGACAACCGAGCUUCGAGUGGAACGUGGACCGCAAUUCAGCGAGAUCUACCAAACCAUCAGCGUGGAACGAGGCGCCCAUCUUACCGCAUUCGCGCACCUCGCCAUAACCGGCAACCAAGCGAUCAAGACCAAGUUCUUUUAUGAACGUAAUUUCCAAACUUUCAUCUGUGAACCCCAGAGAUGCAAGCUAACCAUAAAUGGUAGCAACGCUGUAAAUCUGACAAUCAAAGAAACUCGAAGAGAGGACUCAGCUUUGUACACCUUUAAGGCACAGAAUGGAUUCGGAGACGAUCAUACUUACAUAAACGUUAUCGUCCAAGAGCCUCCCGAAAGCCCGCGCGAGCUGGCUGUAUACGAAGUGUUCGGUCGAAACGCCACGCUUCGCUGGAAUCAGCCGUUGUUCGACGGGAAUAGCGCCAUCAGCUCGUAUAUCAUCCAGUACAAGCCGCAUAUGGAAAAUAUGGGACAUUCAUUCAGCUCAGUAGAAAUAAAUGGAACCUCACUACGAGCUGUACUCGGACCUCUGGAGCCUAUUCAACAGUACGAGUGCCGAAUAGCCUCAAGGAACGCCUUAGGCCAAAGUGACUUUACGGAUUCCAUCAUCUUCACAACGAAAGAAGAACCACCUUCCGGAUCUCCAACGGCGAUUGCGAUUCACGCCACCGGAUCACAGUCUCUCAAAGUCACCUGGAGGGCACCGCCAAAAGGUGAUCAAAACGGAGUGAUACUUGGCUAUUACAUUGGUUAUCGCCUCGCCGAUAGUAUCGAUGACGCGUAUCAGUUUAAGACGACACACGCUUCGCAGAACAACACGUUCGAGUCCACGUAUCUUACCAACCUACGCCGCCAGACCCGCUACCUGAUCGUGGUAAAGGCAUUUAACCGCGCUGGAGUAGGACCUCCUAGUGAAGAACUUAUCGCCCAAACCCUUGAGACAGCGCCACCAACUUCGCCAUCUAUCGAUGUGGAGAGUGUCAGCGCCACAAGCGUGAUUAUUCGCUGGAAUCCCAACCAGCUUGCGCCCAACACCGACUAUUCGCUUAACUAUGCAUCAGACAAAAACGACUGGCGGAAACUAAAGCUUUCGGUGGAUCAGGCAACACACGUUGUGUCCGGGCUAGCAUGCGGCACCUCGUACCGCUUCUACGUGAUCGCUUCGAACAGCCUGGGCACGGGUGAACCUGGCGUCGAAGUGCAGAUCCGCACCCAGGGAAGACCGCCAGUUUCCCCGCACAAGCAGUUUAUCGUUCCCAACACAACGAGUGCCACGCUACUUCUGGACGCCUGGCGUUCAACGGGCUGUCCAAUCAAUGCUUUUAAUAUUCAGUACCGAAAGCGCGGCAACCGUAACUGGUACAUCACCGGCGACACGAUGUCAGGCUCGAGUGACCGGUACACCAUAGCGCAACUAAGCCCUUCGACGACGUACGAAGUCAAGGUGGUCGCUACGAGCGACGCAGGACCCACUAGCCAAGACUAUCAGUUUACAACGCUGCCUAUUGGAGUGACCUCGCUGGAAUCGUCCCUUCAGGACUACUCGGCGUCAUCGACAAUGGCCCACAACCGAUACACAACCAUCAUCGUACAGGUUUCGCUGACAAUUGCUAUCACGGGCGGCAUUUUCCUUUUGUGUGCGCUCGCAUUGUUCUGGUACAAAAAAAAGAGUCAGGUCACCAACUCUGUGUCCACGCCGCAGUUGGUCCACAACAAAAGAAAGCCAGAUUUCACGGAAGAUUUUUACCUGUUUCAAGAGGUCCCGCAUUUAUCUUCGAGCAAGAGAUGCAACGUUCCGUACCAGGACACCGAAUCGCCCAUCAUGCAAUGUGUGCAUAAGCAAGACGACCCGAAAAUGUCGUCUAUGGGGGUGAUGGGCCAAUGCGGCACGCUCCACAACGAGGAGCAUAUCUAUGCCACAGCGACGACACCAGGCUUCCACGGUCUAUCGCAGCAGUUGACGUGCUCCACCCGUUGCUAGCAGACGCUUCGGCGGCCGACGCUCAAAGCAAUGCUCGCCGCCACCUCGAUCAGUCCGCCGCCUGAUGAGAGACAGGUGGAUCAGAUGACUAAUUCACACACGGGCCUUUUAGCACAUGUUGACCCGUUGGUACAAGAAACCACAUUUAGUGGCCAUCUAUGAACAGAGAUCACCUUGAAGAAAUCUAGCCAACAGUUCUAUUCAGAUAUUCCGGUAAUAAUAAGAUCGACAAAGGAUGGUUCGCCGUUGCGCAACCGAUCACCGCCCGCCGGUGGAACCGUCGCUACGUUUCAGAUAGUUACGGAAAGUAACGCUCCUUGUUGAUCCUAUGUGAAAUAUAGUAAUAUUCACUGCAGAUACGGACAGAUGAUUGAGGCUACAAUACUACAAGCUCCUUAAAGCAAGAUGUAAUAAAUGCGUCCCGUGUAUUUACUGUAUAGAGGGAAACCGAGGGAAAAGAAAGAAAAAACAAGGAAUAACAUACAAUACUCCACCAAAAGCACUAUUGGAGUACUGCAAUGUAACAAUGAAAUGAAACUCCUGUGCUGUGGUUUUGUUACCUCAAGCUAUUGGUUUUUAUUUGACGGAAGAAAAAAAGUUUGACGGUCACAAAAAGACCCGGCCAGGCCGACAAUGACCACACACGUCUGGACAACAAAAGGUUUAAAGAACUUACUGUGUUAUUAUUUUAAGGGCGAGCUUUUACUGUGAGAUGUAUAAAACGUGGUAUCAGGCCCGGCGGUUAGUUGUCUGGUUCAGAAAAUGUGAAUGAAGACGCGAUGUUUUUAAUGCUCCACACCGCCAGUUAUCUCUAACCGUACGAAAUCUACGCUACUAGCAUAGCUGUAAUAACCUAAGGCACAAACUAGGUUUUUUGACUGUUGUCAAAAUCACGAAGACACAAAGAUGUUGAAAAAGAUUAUUCAAAAGACAAUGAGUCGCUAACAAAUGAUGAUGAUGAUAGUAAUAAUAACAAUAAGUCUGUAUGCGAAUAAACAACAGAAAAAAAUCGAAAUGACACUGUGUGACGACGACGAUGAUGAUGAUGAUGAGCUUUAUGAGUGAUGACUUGCAAAGGAUUAACAAAUUAUGUGUUAUGAAAUAGAAGUAACAAAUAGGCACAUCAAAAGCGAACGGUGUUGAUGAUGAGGUACUAGGACAAUGAGCUCAGCAAAGGUUCACAGAACGACCCCAGACGAACCCACGACAUUUUUUUAAAUCGAAGUAGUUUCGUAGUAGUUUCAUGAGGUGCGGAGUUGUGCGUUGUGUAUUAUGUCUACUGCCGACUUCGGCUACUGAGUUUACGUGUGAAGAUGAAACACCGGUGGAAUAUAGGGGGCGAUAAAGGUCGACCGGACUUGUUACUGUAGUUCAAAAUGAUGGCGGACUAGUGGCCCGCUAAAUCUCAAUAACAUAUGCAGCGAAUCUUCAAUAGCAAAAGUACUUUUUUUAUCUAGAGUAGUAUUAGAGGUCGAAAAUAUUAGGCAUCUGAAACAGGUGUAUGUAGCAGAAAAAGCGUAAUAAACGAACUUUAGUUCAUUACCUUCCCUGGUGUGACAGGAACACGGAGGUAAAGAGAGUGUACAUGUAAUUCACUGAGUUAAUUUUGCUACCUUGUCAUUGCUACCUUGUUAACGCUGUGUACCGAUUUUAAUCUGUUUCUGCUAUAUGAAGCCAGCGCGCGCUUAGUAUUUAGAAAAACAAAAGGUGAUGUCACACAGAGUAGACAGAAGUAGUACGCCAACGCAAAGCACACAAGUGUCUACCAAGGGACGCAUUCGUGACAAGAAAAGGAAAGCAAACUCCGUCUCGUAGAUCGCCGCUUGCAUCCGCACUCCUCUACACUUUUUUCGUGUGUGAGUUCUUUUUGAUAGCGAUUUAGCAAACUCCUCGAUUCGUUUUUCCCAGUUAUCUAUUAUUUGUAAUGAACAAAACCUCAGGAAUAAGUUGGAAACCUAUAUAUGCCCCCCGUUAACGUCGAUCCGUGCGACUAUCAACCACGAAAAGCGGAGUGAAAGUGAGGCGUACGUGACAAUUAGCAUAUACGUGGAAGAGCUGAUGAAGCCGUGUGAAGCGUCGGCAGACGGACAGCUACUGACGCCCAGUUGUGCUCAGGGAUACGCAAAGCAGAGAGACGCCGACACACACACCUGAACCAGCAACAAGGCAAGCAGCCAUCGUGACGAACCCUUGUUAAGUAUUGGGUGUGAGCAUGUAUGAUUGAAUUGUCUAUAUAUUACGUGAGACUGCACAGAGAGAAUAACUAGAUUAGCGUUUACGCGCGCGUCAGGCGGUGAAAGAUUUUGUGAAAUCAGAGGGUCCCGGUAACGUGUUUUGGAGGAUUCCCUUAAACGUGUGGAUUCAGUCGAAGCAAGAAUCUUAGAUGGGUGGAUCGGUAGAAACAAUCCAUCGCGACUCUCGAGGCUAUGAGGGGGAGAUGCAGGGAACGGAACGAGGGGUAAGGUUAAGGAAAAAGAGGGCACAGAAAGAAACAAAGAGAGAAGGACAAGGAAACCGUUGUUGAUAAUUAAGGAUAAACAAAUUAAAAAAAAUUAUAGCCUUCCUGCGUGUAUAUACAAGCAAAGAUACAGGGAGAGAGAAAUGAUGAGAAACAAGAGAACGACACCCUGACUAAAAAUUACGGUGAAGAAUAAGAACGAUGCGACGCGUAAUAUUGAGGGUGUUGAAAAAGACAAAAAGGCAAAUAUAAAAGAAAGGAGUAUAUACGAGGAUAAUAUAAAGGAAAUGAUAAACAGAGUGAAUAAAUGU